GUUGGUAAUCUAACAGUCCGAAGGCUCUGCAAGAGCAAAAUAAUCACAGCAGUAAAUGGUGAAUAUCCCGGCCCGACUAUCAAUGCUCGUGAGGGUGACACUGUCGUCAUCUAUGUCAUCAAUCAUUCUCCUUACAAUAUUACCAUUCAUUGGCAUGGUAUAUUCCAGCGUCUGACACCAUGGGCUGAUGGUCCGAACUUCAUAACCCAAUGUCCGAUUCAGCCUGGACAUAGCUACACAUAUAAAUUCAACAUCAUCGGACAAGAAGGCACGCUUUGGUGGCACGCGCACGUCUCCGUUCUCCGCACCACUGUGUACGGAGCACUCAUCAUUCAGCCCCGAGCCGGCCCUCUCGGCUAUCCCUUCCCCAUACCUUACAAGGAAGCCGUCAUCCUCCUCGGCGAGUGGUGGGACGCCGAUGUGGUCAACCUUGAGAAUUUGGCCCUUGCAUCCGGCGGUGCGUUUAACAACUCCGAUGCGUUGACCAUCAAUGGCCGCCCCGGUGAUCUCUAUCCCUGCUCCAAAAAAC